UGUGUGAGCGCGGUCUGUAUCUGUGUAUGUCGUGUGCAUGGUAGCAGUACCACGUUCCAUCGUUCCACGUGCUGUAACAUUUCGUACAAUUGACAAAUAUUUAUGAUUAUUGCUGCUUGCAAUAAACACAAUUAAGAUGGCAACUGAAAGGAAGGGCACCUUUAAAGUUGAGUAUCUUCAAGAAAUUGAGAAAAACAUACAAGCGAAAUGGGACUCCGUAAAGAUACACGAAGUGGAUGCACCAUCUCAAGAUAAAAGCUCACCAGAUGAAAAGUUUUUGGCAACUUUUCCAUAUCCUUACAUGAAUGGACGUCUUCAUCUCGGUCAUGCGUUCUCAUUAUCAAAGUGUGAGUUUGCUACCAGAUACAAUCGCCUUUUGGGAAAGAAAGUGCUCUUCCCCUUUGGAUUUCACUGCACGGGUAUGCCUAUUAAAGCAUGCGCUGAUAAAUUAAGAAGAGAUAUGGCAACAUAUGGUUAUCCACCUAAGUUUCCUGAAGAAAUGGAGAUAGUGGAAGAAAAAGAGGAUAAUGUACUAAAGGAUAAGAGCAAAGGAAAGAAGAGUAAGGCAGUUGCUAAGGCUGGCGCAGCUAAACAUCAGUGGCAAAUUAUGCAAUCUCUUGGCUUGCAAGAUGAGGAAAUCAAGAAUUUUACUGACGCUGCAUAUUGGUUGGAUUACUUUCCACCACUUGCUGUACAAGACUUAAAAUCUAUCGGUCUUCAUGUGGAUUGGCGAAGAACAUUUAUUACGACAGAUGCAAAUCCGUUUUAUGACUCUUUUGUACGCUGGCAAUUCUAUCAUUUGAAAUCACGGAAAAAAAUCAAGUAUGGAAAGAGAUACACUAUUUAUUCACCAAAAGACGGUCAACCUUGCAUGGAUCAUGAUAGAUCCACUGGUGAAGGUGCUGGACCACAGGAAUAUACAUUGAUUAAAAUGAAAGUUCGAUGUCCUGAGAAAAUAAAGAUGCUACCUUGCAAGAAUAAAGUUCAUAAAGGUUAUAAACCAGUUUAUCUCGUAGCUGCAACUUUGAGACCGGAGACAAUGUACGGUCAAACAAAUUGUUGGAUUCAUCCAGACAUGAACUACAUAGCGUAUACUUUAGCAUGCGGGGAUGUAUAUAUUUCUACAGAACGUGCGGCCAGAAAUAUGUCUUAUCAAGGUUUCUUCAAAGAAGAGGGAAAAAUAGACAUUAUUCAAAGACUCACGGGCAAAGACUUGUUGGGACUCGAAUUGGAAGCACCUCUGACAUCUAAUAAGGUGAUUUAUGCAUUGCCUAUGUUGACGAUAAAAGAAGAUAAGGGCACUGGUAUUGUAACUUCCGUUCCUAGUGAUUCUCCCGACGAUUAUGCCGCAUUGGUGGAUCUGAAAAAGAAACAGCCACUUCGAGAAAAAUAUAGAAUCGCCGAUGAGAUGGUGUUGCCAUAUGAUCCAAUCCCGAUCAUCGAAGUUCCAGAACUUGGCAAUUUAGUAGCAGUGACAUUAUAUGAUCAGUUGAAGAUUCAAUCUCAAAAUGAUAAAGUUAAACUCGCAGAAGCAAAGGAAAUAGCAUAUCUGAAAGGAUUUUACGAUGGUGUACUAUUAAUAGGUCCAUAUAAGGGGAAAAAGAUACAAGAUAUAAAGAAAUUAGUUCAGAAAGAGAUGAUUGACAGCGGCGAAGCAGUGAUUUAUUAUGAACCAGAAAAAACUAUCAUUUCAAGAUCAAAUGAUGAAUGCGUAGUGGCUUUAUGUAAUCAAUGGUAUUUGGAUUAUGGUGAAGAAAAUUGGAAGAGGGAGACUCUUGAGGCAUUAAAGAAUCUCGAUACUUUUCACGACGAAGUUAGAAAGAAUUUCCUGGCCAGUUUUGACUGGUUACAUGAGCACGCAUGUUCCAGGACGUAUGGACUUGGCACUAAAUUACCAUGGGACGAAAGUUGGUUGAUAGAAUCUCUGUCAGAUUCUACUAUUUACAUGGCUUAUUAUACAAUAGCGCAUUUUUUGCAAGGAGGAACUUUUAAGGGAGAUGUACCUAAUGCAUAUGGAAUAAAGGCUUGUGAUAUGACUCCGGAAGUAUGGGAUUAUAUUUUCUUCAAAGACGCUAAACUGCCUUUGCAUAAAAUAAAUAUAAAGAGAGCAGUUCUAGAUAGUAUGAGGCAUGAAUUUCAGUAUUGGUAUCCUGUGGAUUUGAGAGUAUCAGGAAAGGAUCUGAUACAAAAUCAUCUUACAUAUUUCCUUUAUAAUCAUACAGCCAUAUGGCCAAACCAACCUGAAUUGUGGCCGCGAGGAAUAAGAGCAAAUGGUCAUCUGCUUCUCAACUCGGCAAAGAUGUCUAAGUCAGAGGGCAACUUCUUAACGCUUGCCGAAGCUGUAGAAAAAUUCUCGGCUGACGGAACGCGUCUCUGUCUCGCUGAUUCUGGUGAUUCGAUAGAGGACGCUAAUUUCAUUGAAAGCUCAGCCGACGCGGGAAUUCUUAGACUGUAUACCUUUAUAGAAUGGGUCAAAGAUGUACUGAAUACGAAAUAUCAGUAUCGUUACAAUAAGCUGCAAGACUUUCACGAUAAUGUCUUUCAAAGCGAAAUAAAUUUGAAAAUACGAGAAACUGGCGAAAAUUAUUCGAAGAUGCUUUACAAGGAAGCAUUGAGGACGGGAUUUUACGAACUUCAAACUGCUAGAGAUAAAUAUUUGCAAUUAAGUCCAAUGAUUAAUUUGAAUCUAAUUAAGAAGUACAUAGAGAUUCAAGUGAUUCUUUUAGCUCCCAUUUGUCCACAUAUUUGCGAAUAUAUAUGGGGAGAUUUACUUAAGAAGCAUGGCAGUAUAUCAAAUGCAAGAUGGCCUGCGGUAGGAGAAAUAAACGAAAUUUUAAUAAAAUCAUCUCAGUAUCUAAUGGAUGCUGCUCAUACAUUCAGAAUUCUUCUAAAAAAUUACAUGACACCGAAAAAGUCUAAGGCAAAGGACGACACUGCCAGUGUAGAGAAACCUAGGCAAGGGAUUAUCUGGGUAGCUAAGACUUAUCCUCCUUGGCAAAGUGUCAUUCUUACGACGAUGAGAGAAAUGUACUCUAAAAAUGGAAAUAAGUUACCAGACAAUAAAGCACUCUCCACAACGUUCGCCGGCAAAGCAGAGUUGAAAAAAUAUAUGAAAAGAGUAAUGCCUUUCGUGCAGCUUGUGAAGGAGAAGGUGGAGACUGUUGGUCUCAGUGCGCUGAAUUUGACUCUUGAUUUUAACGAAUUCGAUGUACUCGAGAACAACAAAGAGUAUCUCCAAAGUACAUUAGGCCUUGAUGAUAUUAUCAUUAAAUAUACGGACGAAGCUCCAGAAAAGACGAAAGAAGAAUGCUGUCCAGGUGCUCCCUACAUGAACUUUUCUUCAAAGCCCGUAGUUUCAAUAUGUCUUGUUAAUCCGCAAUGUUGUAGCAAUUUACUUGAACUGCCUAUGAAAAUUUCAACCGUAACAGCUGCAGAUAUUGCGUCCCAUGUCGUAAAACAGAAUCGUGCACACAUAAAAGAUCCUGCUUCAAUCGUGUUAUAUCGGUAUGACGAUCCGAAUCUGGGACCUAGAAUUAAACCAGUAGCAAGAAACAUUUUAAAUGGAAAAAUUGAGAUUCCAUCAGAUUCUGUAUUUAAUGUAAAUACAGAAACAGAAAGCGUCGAAGUCAGCAUUGCAGAUUGCACGUAUCCAAUAGGGAAAUAUUUAAUAUAUAUCGAUAAAUCUCUGGAAAAAUAAACAGUCGAUUUGAUCCAAGC